UCGCGCUAAACGUGAUCGUCUGGAAGAAGCACGACAAUUCCAGUAUUUCAAACGAGAUGCCGAUGAACUGGAAAUUUGGAUACUUGAAAAGCUGCAAACAGCAUCAGAAGAAUCAUUUCGAGAUCCAACUAAUUUGCAGGCAAAGAUCCAGAAACAUGAAGCAUUUGAGGCCGAAGUUCAUGCACAUUCGAAUGCUAUAGCGCAGCUUGAUAAAACUGGCAGUGAUAUGAUACAGCAUCAACAUUUUGCUUCAGAUAUCAUCAAGAGACGGCUCAAUGAACUCCAUUCGUUGUGGGAUCAAUUGUUUUUUAAAUUGAAAGAUAAAGGUAUCAAGCUUCAGCAGGCCUUAAAACUCUUACAAUUUAUGAGACAGUGCGAUGAAGUACUUUAUUGGAUUCGUGAUAAAGAGGCUUUCGUUACUGCCGAAGAUUUUGGUCAAGAUUUGGAACAUGUUGAGGUUUUACAACGGAAAUUUGAAGAAUUUUUGAAAGAACUAGGCAAUCAUCAGUAUCGUGUGACGGAAGUUAAUCAGGCAGCUGAUAAGCUUAUUGAUGAAGGACAUACAGAAUUUGAAACAAUCAGUCACAAAAAGGAUGAAGUUAAUGAUGCUUGGCAUCGUCUUAAUACUCUUGCUGCUACUCGGCGGGAAGGUUUGUUUGGAGCACAUCAGGUACAACGUUUUAACCGUGACAUUGAUGAAACUUUGGCUUGGAUUGGUGAAAAAGAUGCGACUUUGUCGUCAGAUGAUUAUGGACGAGAUCUGAACAAUGUACAAGCGUUGCAACGUAAACACGAAGGAACUGAGCGUGAUUUAGCUGCAUUAGAUGCUAAGAUGACUUCAUUAUCGACGGAAGCGGAACGACUUGCCCAGGUUCAUCCAGAUCGAGCCGAUGCAAUAAUUGCAAAAAUGAAUGAAGCGAAAGAUCAGUGGGCAGCACUGAAGCGGAAGGCUCAAGCUCGUAAAGAUGGUCUGGAUCGCUCUUACAAUCUUCAUCGGUUUCUGGCGGAUUAUCGCGAUCUUUGCUCUUGGAUUAAUGAUAUGAGAGCAGUGAUAUCAGCUGAUGAAUUGGCUAAAGAUGUUGCAGGGGCUGAGGCUUUGCUUGAAAGUCACCAAGAACAUCGGGGUGAAAUUGAUGCUAGAGAGGAUAGUUUUAUGCAGACCGCAGAAGCUGGACAAAAACUGCUGGAUGAAGCAAUCGAGCAAUCUAAUGAAGUUCGGGAUAAAUUAACACAUUUGGCGCAAGAAAAAGCAAGCUUACUUUCAUUAUGGGAAGAACGACGAAUACUUUAUGAACAGUGCAUGGAUUUGCAACUGUUUUAUCGUGACACCGAACAAGCUGAAACAUGGAUGACAAAGCAGGAAGCAUUUCUAUCAAACGAUGAUCUGGGUGAUAGUUUGGAUAGCGUUGAGUCACUGAUUAAAAAGCAUGAAGAUUUCGAGAAAUCUUUGGCUGCACAAGAGGAAAAAAUCAAUGCUCUAGAUGAAUUCGCUACAAAAUUGAUACAAGGGCAGCAUUACGCAGCCGAUGAUGUUGGUCGUCGACGAGCAUCGCUUCUAGAUCGUCGAAAGCAGCUGAUGAAAAAGGCAUCAGAACGGCGGCAUCAACUCGAAAAUUCUUACCGACUGCAACAAUUCGAUCGUGAUUGUGAUGAAAUGGUCGGUUGGAUAAAAGAAAAACUGAAAACCGCUAAAGAUGAUUCGUAUCUUGAUCCUACUAACAUCAGGGGGAAACUGCAGAAACAUUUGAAUUAUGAGCAAGAACUAAAGGCAAAUAAAAAUCGCCUGGAUGAUAUUAAUGUAGUAGGAGCUUUACUGGUUAAGGAGAAACACUAUGCUGCACCGCAUGUAGAGGAGCGUUUGAGUGAGGUGAAUGGUAUUUGGGAUGAGUUGGUCGAUGCAACCGCCAAGAAAGGUGCAAAACUGAAAGAAGCGGGUGACCAACAGCAGUUUAACAGGAAUGUUGAGGAUAUCGAGCUAUGGUUGAGCGAAUUAGAAGGACAACUUGCAUCUGAAGAUUAUGGCAAAGAUUUGAUUUCUGUCCAAAAUCUCCAAAAAAAGCUUGGACUUUUAGAGAGUGAUUAUAAUGCUCAUCAAGAUCGUAUUGAUCUCGUUAAGAAACAAGCAAAAAUCUUUCAUGAUGGUGGACAUUUUGACGCACCUAUGAUUUUACGGAAGGAAGAAGCUCUGCGUUCAAGAUAUGAUGCGUUACGUGAUCCGCUGAAUGCACGAAAAGACAAAUUGGUUGAAUCACUUCGGGGUAACCAAUUGUUUAGAGAUAUUGAUGAUGAAUUAGCGUGGAUUCGAGAAAAGGAACAAAUCGCUGGCAGUUCAAAUCGAGGACGUGACCUAAUCGGUGUUCAGAAUUUGAUCAAAAAACAACAAGCUCUUAUUGCUGAGAUUGCAAACCAUGAACCGCAAGUUGAAGCUGUCAGUGAAGCAGCAGAAGCAAUGGUCCAGCAAGGUCAUUUCCUUGCUGCAGAUAUUCGUGAAAAACUUGCACAAUUGCGUGAUGGUUGGAGAAAUUUAAAGACAAAAGCGGAUAAACGUCGGCAAGAUUUGGAUGAUUCGUUGCAGGCUCAUCAAUAUCUGGCUGAUGCGAAUGAGGCGGAAUCUUGGAUGCGUGAGAAAGAACCAGUUGUUGGAAGUACUGAUUAUGGUAAAGAUGAGGAUAGUGCAGAGUCAUUGCUUAAGAAACAUCGUGCUCUGAUGUCCGAUUUGGAAGCUUUCAAAUCGACAAUUGAUGAAUUGCGUAAACAAGCCGUUCAAUGUAAAUAUCAAGAACACACAAGUGGACAACUUGGACGAGAAUGUGUUAUGGCAUUAUACGAUUAUACGGAGAAAUCGCCGAGAGAGGUUUCCAUCAAGAAGGGUGAUGUCAUUGCGCUGUUGAAUUCAUCGAAUAAGGAUUGGUGGAAAGUGGAAGUAAAUGAUCGCCAGGGAUUCGUUCCUGCUGCUUAUGUAAGAAAAGUUGAAGCAGGUGCUGCACAAAAAACUGCAUCUGAACAGGGUCCGUCAUUGAUCGGUGCUAAGCAAGGCGAAAUUGAGGAUCAGUACCACAAACUUGUUCUACUUGGUGAAACAAGAAAGCGAAAACUUGAAGAAGCUUGCAAGGGCUAUCAGUUGCUUCGCGAAGCUAACGAUUUAGCGGAAUGGAUACGUUCAAGGGAAACAGUUGCUGCACAGCAAGAAAUUGGUAGCGAUUUGGAACAAGUGGAAGUAUUGCAAAAGAAAUUCGAUGAUUUCAAAGGUGAUCUUAAAGCAAAUGAAAUACGACUCCAAGAAAUGAAUCAGAUUGCAACAGCAUUAACAUCGGUUGGACAAACUGAAACAGCUGUACGAAUUCGACAGCAAAUUGAGGAUUUAAAUGCCCGCUGGCGCGCAUUAGAAGAACAAACAGAGCAACGUGAGCAGCAGCUUGGUUCAGCUCAUGAAGUUCAGAGAUUCCAUCGAGACGUUGAUGAAACAAAGGACUGGAUUGUAGAAAAGGAUGAAGCGCUUGAUUCGGAAGAUUUUGGUCGUGAUUUACGAUCGGUUCAGGCAUUACAAAGGAAGCAUGAGGGUGUUGAACGUGAUCUAGCAGCAUUGGGCGAUAAGAUUAAAACGCUGGAUGAAAAAGCGAAUCGUUUGCGACAAACUCAUCCAGAAGCAGCAGAACAAAUUUAUGAUUUACAACGUGAACUAAGCGAACAAUGGAACCGUCUUACUGCAAAAGCAAAUGAUCGUAAAGAGAAGCUAUUGGAUAGUUAUGAUUACCAACGCUUCCUAUCUGAUUUUCGUGAUUUGAUGCAAUGGACCGCAGCAAUGAACCAACUCGUGUCAAGUGAUGAACUUGCAAAUGACGUUACUGGAGCAGAAGCAUUGCUAGAACGUCAUCAAGAAUAUAGAACAGAAAUAGACUCACGAGCUGCGACAUUCGAAGUAUUCGAGCAGUUUGGCAAUCAGCUAUUGAAUAGCCAUCAUUAUGCAUCAGAAAAUAUUAAGCAGCGUCUACAAGACGUCAGUAAUGCUCGACAAAAACUUGAAGAUUCUUGGGUCCAUCGUCGACACAUCCUGGAUCAGUGUUUAGAGUUACAGCUGUUUUAUCGCGAUUGUGAACAAGCUGACACUUGGAUGAGCGCUCGGGAAGCAUUCCUGAGUCAGGAGGAUACUAGUGAUAAUGUGGAGAGCUUGAUCAAGAAACAUGAGGACUUCGAUAAGGCCAUAGCUUCACAGCAGGAAAAAAUAUUAGCGCUUCAAACGUUUGCAAAUCAACUGAUUAACUCGGAUCACUAUGAUAAAAAUGCUGUGAUCGAAAAACGUGAUCAAAUCCUGCAUCGAUGGGACCGUUUGAAAGCUGCUUUAAUUGAAAAACGUAGUAAAUUGGGCGAAUCACAAACGUUGCAGCAAUUUUCUCGUGAUGCAGAUGAAAUCGAGAACUGGAUUGCAGAGAAAUUCCAAAUUGCCCAAGAGGAAAGUUAUCGCGACCCAACUCAUAUCCAACAGAAACAUCAAAAACAACAGGCAUUCGAAGCGGAGCUUGCUGCAAAUGCAGAUCGAAUCGCAACAUUGAUUACCGCUGGUCAAAAUCUUAUCGAUAGUAGUAAAUGUGGUGGUGGAGAGGAUGCUGUCUCACAACGACUAAAAGCUUUGAAUGACCAAUGGGAAUUGUUGGUGAAAACAACGUCUGAAAAGAGUUAUCGUUUAAAGGAAGCUAAUAAGCAGAAAAGUUUUAUGGCAGCUGUUAAAGACCUCGAAUUUUGGCUUGGUGAAGUUGAAAGUUUACUUGCAUCCGAAGAUUAUGGCAAAGAUCUGACCAGUAUUGAAAAUCUCUUAAAGAAACAUCAACUUUUGGAAGCUGAUAUAGCAUCGCAUGCUGAUCGUGUUAACGAAAUGAAUAUGCAAGCUGAUAAUCUUCUCGAGAGUGGACAGUUCGAUCAACCCGAAAUUCGCAAUCGUCGAAAAGCUAUAAAUGAUCGUCAUGAGAAAGUUCGCGAAAUGGCAAAUAUUCGACGUGAUAAACUGAAUAAAGCUAUCACUGUUUAUCAGUUUCUGCGUGAUAUGGAUGAUGAAGAGUCAUGGAUUAAGGAGAAGAAAUUACUUGUUUCGAGCGAUGAUUAUGGACGCGAUUUAACUGGUGUGCAAAAUUUACGCAAAAAGCAUCGUCGCCUUGAUAAUGAACUAGUUUCACAUGAAUCACAAGUAGAUCUUGUUCGUGGGAAAGGCUUGGAAUUGAUUAAUCUUUCGGAUGCUGCUGCUCCGGAAAUAAGGAAACGCAUGCAAGCUUUGGAGGAAAGUUGGAAUGAAAUACGAAAUAUUACUGGAAAGAGACAGCAAAAACUUGGUGAGAGUGAAGACUUUCAAAUAUUUGUGGGUAAAGUGGAAGAGGAGGAAGCGUGGAUGAAUGAAAAACAGCAGAUUCUAUCAUCGGAUAAUUUCGGUGAAAAUAUGGCUGGUGUGCAAGGUUUACUUAAAAAGCACGAUGCUUUUGAAGCUGAUCUUGCACUCCAUACCCAGCGUAUUGAUCACUUGAUUGCUGAAGGGCAAAAGCUAAUUGAUGAUGGUAAUCAUCACAGUCCAAGUAUCAAAGCACGUUGUGAUCAGCUAAAAACACGUCUUGGUGAGAUCGCAGAAUUAGCCCGACGUCGCUUACAACGUCUCCAAGAUAACAGCGCCUAUCUACAGUUUAUGUGGAAGUGCGAUGUUGUGGAGAGCUGGAUCGCGGAAAAGGAGCAGCAAGUACGAUCGGAUGAUUUUGGACGUGAUUUGUCAUCUGUGCAGAUUCUUUUAACUAAGCAAGAAGCAUUUGAUGCAGGUUUAAAUGCUUUUGAGCACGAAGGUAUCCAGCGUAUCACAGAGCUUAAAGACCAACUUGUAAAUGCUCAUCAUGCCCAAACGCCGAAUAUCGAGAAGCGGCACGGAAAUGUUAUCGGACGUUGGCAACAGCUUCUUGCAAAUUCAGAAGCAAGACGCCAGAAACUGCUGAAGAUGCAAGAUCAGUAUAAACAAAUUGAAGAACUUUAUCUUACUUUUGCAAAGAAGGCUUCCGCAUUCAACUCGUGGUUUGAAAAUGCGGAAGAGGAUUUGACAGAUCCAGUACGAUGUAAUUCAUUGGAAGAGAUUAGUGCUUUACGUGAAGCUCACGCCGAGUUCCAUAAAUCAUUAUCAACAGCUGAGGAAGAUUUCAGACAACUACAGCUGCUUGAUAGACAAAUUACAUCAUUCAAUGUUGGACCAAAUCCAUAUACGUGGUUCACAAUGGAUGCGCUAGAAGAAACGUGGCGUAAUUUACAAAAAAUCAUUAAAGAACGUGAAAUUGAACUGCAAAAAGAACAUCGUCGCCAGGAAGAUAACGAUAAAUUGCGCCGUGAUUUUGCUCGCCGAGCAAAUGCAUUCCAUCAAUGGCUUACUGAAACUCGCGCAGCAAUGAUGGAAACGAGUGGCACACUUGAAGAACAACUUGAACUGUUGAAGAAGAAAGCCGUAGAUGUGAAAAACAAUCGCAUUCAGUUAAAGAAAAUCGAAGAUUUGGGCGCCCUUCUAGAAGAAUACCUCAUUCUGGACAAUCGAUACACCGAACAUAGCACUGUUGGCCUAGCUCAAGCUUGGGAUCAACUUGAUCAGCUUGCUAUGAGAAUGCAACACAAUCUUGAGCAGCAAAUUCAAGCACGCAACCAGUCCGGUGUAACUGAAGAAGCUCUCCGAGAAUUUUCCAUGAUGUUCAAACAUUUCGACAAGGAAAAGUGUGGACGUCUUGAUCAUCAACAAUUCAAAAGUUGUUUGCGGGCACUUGGUUACGAUUUGCCAAUGGUUGAUGAGGGUCAACCGGAACCGGAAUUUCAGCGGAUUUUGGACAUUGUAGAUCCGAAUCGGGAUGGUUAUGUUACACUACAAGAAUAUAUGGCAUUCAUGAUUUCAAAGGAAACCGAAAACAUUCAAUCAAGUGAAGAAAUUGAAAGUGCAUUUCGAGCUCUAUCGAAAGAAUUUCGGCCGUAUGUUACAGCUGAAGAAUUAUACGCAAAUCUUACGCCCGAACAAGCGGAGUAUUGCAUUAAGCGUAUGAAGCCAUACACAGAUACCAUCUCGGGUCGGUCGAUACCGGGAGCUUUGGAUUAUGAACAGUUUGUGCAUACUCUAUUCCAGAGUUAA